AUGUCGUCACCAUCGUCGUUACCGUGUGUUGUUGAAAAAUGUGAGCUAGCGUCUCUUGCUUUAUGUCAGUGUUGUAAAAAAAAUUUAUGUAUUGAUCAUUUAAAUGAACAUGCUAAUCAACGCAAUGAAAAACUUCUUCCAUUUGUUGAUAAAAUCAAUGUUUUAUUAAAUCGGUUUAGUAAUUUUUAUGAUGGUGAACAGUCUGGUCUUAAACAACUUGAUGAAUGGAAACAAACAGCUUAUAAACUAGUUGAUACUUUUUAUGAAAAAAAACGUCGAGAAUUUAUCGAUGAAACAACUGAUAAACAACGAGAACAACUUAAUGAGAUGCAUAAUAAAUUAAAAGAAUUAAUUAGAAAAAAAGGUGGUACACAACAAGAUUUUCAUACAUUCUCAGACAAUAUGCGUUCAAUAGAACAACAUCUUGAUAAACUUCAACAGAUUCAAAUUGUUCUUCCUCCAUUAACAAUUGAUGAUAAUUGUAUUCUUCAGCCUUUAACGCAACCAGAUGAUUCAAUUGAGAAAAUCUUAGAUAAACCGAAUAAAUCUCCAGAACAUACAAAUAAAACAUCAGACAAGUCCUCAGAUAGAAAAAAAUCAUCUGAGAAAUCUUCAAAGAAAAAGAAAAAAUCAUCGAGACAUUCAGAUGAUUCAUCUGAUAGAUCCUCACGCCAUAGAAGCAGAUCACCACGUAGUCACGGCGAGCAUUCAAGAAAAAGACGCGAUAAAUCAUCAAAAUCGAAGUCACCACAAUCAUCAAAUAGCCACAAACCAAAUUGUGAUGAUUGUCAUGACUGUCGCUUUUAUCAAGAUCGGUUUGGUCCUGGUUUCAUGGACUCUUUUGGUCCAUGUUCAUGUGAAUGUCAUAAAUGGGCAUACUCUUAA